GCCGUGUCAGCACUGUGCUCCGAAAAAGCAAAUAUUAAAAUAAAAUCGAAAUUUCAGGAACGCAGUAAUUAAUGAAUUAAGUCCCAAAAUCAACACCGGGACUGUGAUUUGCGUACUUUGCACAGAUUUGUAUGGUAAUUUUGUUCUGUGACAAGAAGAAGAAGAAGAAGCAGUAGCUUCAGGCUGAGGCACUGUGCUAAUAAUGGCUAUGGGCAGCGAUAUGGUACCGGUCGAGCUCUGUAAAGGCAUCAAUGGUCUCGACAAAAUCGUUCUCCGCGAGUCAGGCGGCAGUUCUGCUGAGGUAUACUUGUAUGGGGGCCAAGUUACAUCUUGGAAAAAUGACCAUGGGGAGGAGUUACUUUUUGUUAGCAGUAAGGCUAUAUUUAAACCUCCAAAGGCAAUUCGUGGAGGUAUUCCGAUAUGCUUUCCUCAAUUUGCGAGUCAUGGUGGUCUUGAGUCGCAUGGCUUUGCAAGGAAUAGAAUUUGGAGCAUUGACUCUGACCCACCUUCUUUUCCAACAGUUUCUUCUAGUAAGGUUUUUAUUGAUUUGAUCCUUAAGCCCACUGAAGAAGAUAUGAAGAUCUGGCCUCACAGUUUUGAAUUCCGUUUGAGGGUAGCUUUGGGACCUGGUGGAGAUUUGAUGCUGACAUCUCGCAUCAGGAAUACCAGUGCUGAUGGAAAGCCAUUUUCAUUCACAUUUGCAUAUCACACUUAUUUCUCUGUUUCAGACAUCAGUGAAGUUCGGGUUGAAGGCUUAGAGACACUGGAUUAUCUUGACAACCUACAGAAUAAGGAGCGUUUCACUGAGCAAGGGGAUGCUAUAACUUUUGAAUCAGAAAUAGACAAGAUAUACGUCAGCACUCCUACAAAGAUAGCAAUUCUGGAUCAUGAAAAGAAGAGAACAUUUGUUUUACGCAAAGAUGGACUUCCAGAUGCUGUGGUCUGGAAUCCAUGGGAUAAGAAGGCCAAGGCUAUGGCUGAUUUUGGAGAUGAUGAAUACAAGCAUAUGUUGUGUGUGGAAGCUGCUGCUGUUGAAAAGCCUAUUACAUUAAAACCUGGUGAAGAGUGGAGAGGAAGACUUGAACUUUCUGCUGUUCCUUCCAGUUACUGUAGUGGCCAACUUGAUCCUCAGAAGGUUCUUCUGAGCAGCUAAGAAAUGCACUAUUUUGGUCUGCAUUUCUGUAAGUUUAAAUUAAGUGCUAUAAAUAUUUGGUUCUUCUAUUUCAAUAUUGGAAUUUCACUUCUUUGUUGAGGUAUCAUGUAUGCUUUGCUUGAGAAGAUGUUGUAAGAUUGAACAUUGUAAUUUUGAUACAGCAAUAUUGUGAAAAGAAAUGGUUCCUUUUUUAUGUUCA